UCUCGAUUACGGCAUGAUUAUCAUUUAACCCAUUCAUUCAUUCACACACAGGACAGAAAAAGGCUCUGUUUGUCUUUACCUUGACAAAUAAAAACAAAAAAAAAAAAUGGGCCAUGACGGCUCCACGGCCCUCAAAAGAGGCUCAUCACCGUUCUCCGCCGCCGCUCUUUCCACCACCGCCAGAAGCCGCGCCCUUCCUCGUGGCCGUCAGAUCAAGAAAACCUUCAACAACGUCAAGAUCACGCUCCUCUGCGGUUUCGUCACCAUCCUCGUACUCCGCGGCACCAUCGGCAUCGGGAGCCUCACCGGAUCUUCCUCCGACGACGCCGAAGUGCGGCGGAUCGCCGAGGAGACGAACCGAAUCCUCGCUGAGAUUCGCUCCGACAGCGACCCCACCGACGCCGACGAGCCCCCCGAGUCCGAGACCAACCCCAACGCGACUUACUCUCUCGGCCCCAAAAUCUCGAAUUGGGACCAAGAGAGGAAGCUCUGGCUAGGGCAAAACCCUCAGUUUCCUAACUACAUUAAUGGAAAAGCUAGGGUUUUGCUUGUUACCGGUUCGCCUCCGAAGCCGUGCGACAACCCCAUUGGAGAUCACUACCUUCUGAAGUCGAUCAAGAACAAGAUUGACUAUUGCAGGAUUCAUGGGAUUGAGAUUGUUUACAAUCUGGCUCAUUUAGAUAAAGAGCUCGCUGGGUACUGGGCCAAACUGCCGUUGAUCCGGCGAUUGAUGUUGUCUCAUCCCGAGGUUGAAUGGAUAUGGUGGAUGGACAGUGAUGCUCUGUUCACCGAUAUGGUGUUUGAGAUUCCGUUGUCGAAGUACAAUGAUUACAAUAUGGUCAUUCAUGGAUACCCGGAUUUGUUGUUUGAGCAGAAAUCAUGGAUUGCUCUGAACACUGGGAGUUUUCUGUUUAGGAAUUGUCAGUGGUCUUUGGAUUUGCUUGAUGCUUGGGCUCCGAUGGGUCCGAAAGGGCCUAUUCGCGAGGAGGCCGGAAAGAUUUUGACUGCGAAUUUGAAGGGAAGGCCGGCAUUCGAGGCGGACGAUCAGUCUGCGUUGAUUUAUCUGCUGAUAUCAAAGAAGGAUCAGUGGAUGAACAAGGUGUAUGUGGAGAAUUCUUACUUUUUGCAUGGAUAUUGGGCGGGGUUGGUGGAUAGGUAUGAGGAGAUGAUGGAGAAGUAUCAUCCGGGUUUGGGUGAUGAGAGAUGGCCUUUUGUGACACAUUUUGUGGGGUGUAAGCCUUGUGGGAGCUACGGAGAUUAUGCGGUUGAUAGGUGUUUGAAGAGUAUGGAGAGGGCUUUCAAUUUUGCUGACAAUCAGGUGCUUAAUUUAUAUGGGUUUAGCCAUAGAGGGUUGUUGAGUCCUAAGAUCAGGAGGAUCAGGAAUGAGACUACUACGCCCUUGGAGUUUGUAGAUCAGUUUGAUAUUCGGCAUUCUCAGCUCAAAGGCAGACAUUGAGAUCUUCAUUUAACCCAUUCUUGUUUUGUUUGUUGUGCGACUCUUAUUUAAGGUUACUGCUGAUUUCAGUUAUCAUCAUGUGUCGAAUAUAGAUCUAUUUUUUUCCCUUGUUGAAUGGACAGGGAACCCGUUUUUGUUAAAUCUAGUUGUUUUUUAGUGUUGCAUGAAAAAGACCCAUCUCCUUUUUGAGUAUUUGUCUCUGGGAAAGUUAUGAUGUGUAUUUAGCUGGACUUACCUUGUCUUACUUGAUUCUCACGCAAUGAGAUCUUAACGGUCUUGUGACUGGUUUCUGGUUUCUGGUUUCUGGUGCAUUCCUUACUCUCUAUCUGGAAACUUUCUGCUGCUUGCUGCCUGAUGUUUAUUAACUAUUCUCCAAGAAUUUUGGACUUUGUUGUAGCUGGAACUGUACUUUCUUUCUAUUGUUAAUCAUUAGUUUCAUUGACUAGCGCUUCAAAAGGUAGUUUACUUUUGCUUACUUGUUAGAGCAAGGCGAAAGAACCUCAUCGAAACGCGAUGCUAACUUUUGAGCCUUAUGAUAAGACUUAAACCAUAUUAUAGUAUACCACUACUUGCUAGUUGCUUACGGCCUA